AUGAUUUAUGCUUCCAUAAUUUUAAAUGGGAAAAGGAAAAAAGACCAUUAUUUUGAAUUAGCAGAUUAUUAUGAAAAUUAAAACCUUUACCUAGUACCUUAAUAACUGAUAUAGAAUCAUUUGAUGAAAUAAUCCAAAAAUAAUUAAGAGAACAAUUUAAAAUAGAGCCUACAGUUUAGAGAUAAGAUAUAAAAAGAACAGAUAAAGAGAAAGGAUUAAAAAGUAAAAAGAAAAGGCAUUAUAUGA